AUGGGAAAGGAUAGCAAGAGGAAAAAGGUAGAGUCAGAGGAUGAUGAAGAGGUUAAGGAUACAGUUGUGCCAAAGAAGGAUAAGACAAGCAAGAAGAUGAAGAAACAAAGUGAUGAUGAUGAUAGUGAUUCAGAAUCAAAGAACAAUCUAAAGAAGAAGAGCAGUAGUAAACAACCAGAUAGUGAGGAUGAUAAUGAUAAGGACGUCAAGAGAAAGAAGAAGAGUAUGAAGAAAGAUAAGAAUGACGAUAAGGACAUGAAUAAGAAAGUCAAGAAGGUGAAAAAGGACAACGAGGAUCAAGAUCAGGAGGAGGACAAGAAGAAAAAGAAGAACAAGGUGGAGGAGGAGGUGAAGGAUAAGAGUGACGGUGCCACUCGCUCGAAUAAGGAGAGCAAGAAUGACGAGGAUGAUAAGAAGAAGAAGAAGGAGAAGAAGAGAAAAGAUGACAAAGAGGAUGAUGAGAAAGAACAUAAUGAUGAUGAUGAUGCUCAUGCUGAUAGAGAUGAGGACAACAAAAAGAAGAAGAGAAAGAGACCAAAGAGAGGUCACAGCAGUUAUGAGGAUCAGCCAAACAUUUAUAUGACGUCAAACACAGAGACAUCAAAGCAACAGCAGCAGUUCAGUAUCGAUGUGGAUCGACUGAUACAACAGAAGCCAUGGCUAUCAAUGAUCAGGGACUUUAGCAAGGUCAUCUGGUCAGAGGACGAUGGUGAACCAAACAUUGUCGUUGUGCACUCUGCCGAGGAGUGUUGUCGCAUCGUCACAUUGCUUCCCUCGAUCUUCCACCAGGAGCAGGGCAGCAGUGCCAAGUCCGUCGUGACCUUUGGCAAGAGUAGUAAGCAGGCCAGCGUCCCUUCGACAUGCGUCGUUGGCUUUGAUACUGAGGGUUCGGAUAUGCCCUACAGUGUUCAGCUGUCAACACUCACGGUCGCAGCCGUGAUAUACAUUAAGGAGAUUGAUCAUUUGCCGCAGCCCCUUGUACAGCUUCUGGAGAACAAGUACAUUUCCAAGGCUGGCGUUGGUGUCACUGCUGAUUUCGACUCGCUCAUUGCCUUUGGAAAGGCGCACAAGAUGGUGAUCAAACCAAGAGGCUCACUGGACGUCAGCUGUGUGGCAGGCUUCAAUGGUGUAACGCAGAGCUAUCUGUCACUGGACAACCUUGCCGUUGACCUACUAAACACAAAGAAGUACCAAAGGAUGAUUGGCAGUGUAACCACAAGGAUGUACCACGAUGAGUUCCACAAGUAUGCUGCCAUCGAUGCUUGGCUUGGAUUCAAGAUUGCAAUGGUCCUCCAUCAAUAUCUCAAGAACAAACUGGCAUUCUAUGAGUGGACACAGGCACAACAGACUGGAAACUAUCGUGUACCAAUCAAAGAGAAGUCUGGCAAACAAGAACAAUCAGCAGCAACGACUCCACCCGUUGUAGAUUCCACUCAAUCAUCGUCGUCAUCUACAUCACAGACCCAGAUCAAUGUUAUCAGUUACAACAAGACAAAUGCCUUCAAACAGCCAGUACAAUAUUAUGAUGAGCGAGCAAGGGAGAGAGCCAAUCCAUACUUUGUCAAGGGUAAGGAUGAAGAGAAGCAAGAAGCUGCACAGAAUCACUUCUAUCUCCAAAAGCUACAACAUAUAAAGGAAGGCCAGAGGAGGCCAUUCAUUUGA